AAAAUAUUGAAAAAAAUCUUUAUUGUAGGAAAAAUUGGAGAAAACAUUGUUGAAAAUGAAGAAUGGGUACGAUAAGUCACAAUGGGAAAAUGAAAUGUUAACUAAAGAGAAUGAUAAAUUGGUAAGGCUUACAUAACUUAAUAAAUAAAAAAAAAUAAUAACAAAAAUAAAUUGAAUUAAAAAUAGAAACAUGCGAAAGAAACAUUGACAUUGGUGCAAGUAGAACAGUUACUCGAUGAGAAGUUAAAAAAAUUAGGAGACGACAUUAUUAGCAAUAUCAACCCAAACCAUAGCCAUCCACCAGAAAUGUCAUCUCCAAUCAAUCCAGAGAGAAAAGUAAAUGGAACUUCUCUUAAGGCAGGGACUAGCAAUACGAAACCAAACAAUAGCCAUCAGUCCGUAAAUCCAUCUUCAGCAGUAGAUUCAGAUGAUGAGAUAAAGCUAGAGUGUAGCGAGUGGUGGUGUCCUAAGUGCAGCCAAUUCAAAGAUUUACUGAAGAUUAUCAAACCUAUGAAUGAGAAAGAUGAGUCAAUUAUUAAAAAAGCCAAAUCCCGUCAUUCGUAUUGGUCCAACGGAGGAGAGGUUCGAUGUUGCACGUAUGACCGCAAAGCACCAAAAAGAUCAUAUGAGAGACCAUCAUGUUGGCCAUCGGUGACGCCAUCUUAUAAUGAUAUAGAUCAGCUAACUGAUUGCUUUAAAUCAAUGUUAAAAUAAAAUAUAAU